CCGUUUGAACUUGGCGGGCCUGAUGCGGGCGGCAGGGCCGAGGCGGGUUGCCUCUCCCGCUCCGUGCACCCGCUACCUCGCCCGCUGCAAAACGGGCUUCCGACCUUCCUCGAGCUUUGUCGUCGACCUCAUAGUGGAUUCCCAGGGCCCAGGGCUGAAGGAUGUGGCGUUGACUGAGUGCUUGUCGCCGCCGUCUCUGAGCUGCAGCAACUCCACCCUGUCCCUGUUGUCUCCCCUUGGCCACCAGAGCUUUCCGUUUGGAGAGGACGAUAGUGAGGGGGAGGAUGAAGAAGCCCUGGACGAAGAUGCCUGUGAGUCAGAGGCCAAGGUGGAGAGCUUGGAAGGAAUAGAGUUACGGGGGCGCUCCAGCUGUGAAGCUGAGUCUCAGGACAAACAAGAACAGAAGCAGGUGCUAUUACAGGAAAGUAGUCUGACACCAUGGGAGAUGUGGUUUGUUGGCAAAGAAAAGGAAGAGCGUGGCCGGCUACAACAGAAAGUUCUGGAGGAAUUAAAUCAACAAAUAGAAAAAAGAAAAGAAAUGGAAGAACGUGAAAAAAGGAAGAUAAUUGCUGAAGUAAAGCACAAAGAAUGGGUUCAGAAGAAAAAUGAGCAGGAAAGGAAAGAAAGGGAACAAAAAAUUAAUAAAGAAAUGGAAGAAAAAGCAGCAAAAAAACGGGAGAAAGAACAUUUGCAAGAAAAAGCAAAAGAAAAAUAUCAAGAAUGGUUGAAGAAAAAAAAAGCUGAAGAAUGUGAGAAGAAGAAAAAAGAGAAGGAAAAAGAAAAACAACGGCAAGCAGAAUUACAGGAGAAAAAGGAAAUCGCAGAAAAAAAGUUUAAAGAAUGGUUGGAAAAUGCAAAAAAUAAACCUCGUCCAGCUGCAAAGAGCUAUGGUUACUCCAGUGGAAAGCUCACAGGUUUUUACAGUGGAAAUUCCUACCCAGAACCAACUUUUUAUAACCCAAUUCCAUGGAAGCCAAUUCAUAUGCCCCCUCCUAAAGAACCUAAGAGUGGACCAGGAAAGAAGAAUAAACGACCUGCAACAAGUCACCCUCUCACAUCGUCCUCCCUGGCACUUCAUAAUGCCAAGAGCAGCCUUUGCCUUGGAGCUCUGUGCCGAGUACAGAGAUAGAGUGUGUGCACAUAGCAUACCUAGCUACCUGGAGCUUAUGUUUAAAAUCAGAGUAUUUUUCUUAACACUUCUAAUUAAUCAGUAAGUCAACGUUUGAUGUGGUAAUUGACAAGUACCAAAAUUUUAAAUUUGUAUAUGGAACC